CAUAUGUCUGAAUGUCAACCGUGUCUACUUUUCCCUCAACUUACCUUUUGAAAUGGACAUUGUGGACAACGUUCCGUCUCCAUGUGAAGACGUUUAACAUCGUUACGACUGACGCAUCACCCAUUCAAACUACAGCGGUAGAGGAGAAGCGUCAAGUCGUCAUCGAUGCCAGCGAUUCCGUUUUCUCAACAGGGAGAAGGGUCCAGUUUGCGACCUGAUUCAAUUUCACCGUCCGUGUCUGUCUCAAGUGCCCGCUCCCUCCCUUUCAGAUCACCACACCACCGGCACGAGCGAUGAUCGAGCACGUGUUCGUGAUCAGGGUGGAAAAGGUGACGGGCCUGACUCCUCUGCAGUCGACAGUGUGGGGGGAGGCCGACUGUUACAUCCAGUACGCCUUCCCCUGCCAGGAAGGCGCUGAUGCGGACGCCACCCUCGACGAAUAUAACACCAACUUGAAGCCUUUUCGUACCACCACCACUCUGUGUGUGCCCGACCCCAUAUUUGGCCACACGGAGACGCACGCCCUCUUGGCUCCCCAAGGCGUUCCCGUUCAGAAGCUACUGCUCAGCUCUCUUUCCAGCCAAGGUCUAAGUGGCGGAGGGGGUGUCCAUUUUGAAGUGUGGUGCAG